GUGCGCAUGCGCAGAACCACAAAGUAGCAUUUUCUGGCAGGUAGCAGAAAUUGGCAGAACACCGGCGCAUGUGAGACUGAUAACGGCUUUCAAAACAGGUCUUGAGAAAUCACCCGGGUCACGGGACCGAGUACCUCGUCCGUUAUUAUAUACACAUUAUUCCUCCACUGUUUAAAUGUUAUUUGUUUAUUUGUAUUUGUAGUUUGUUUUGUCUCGCUCGCACCGCCCCUACGGUCAGCUGACCGGGACGGGCAGGUCACGUGACGCCCUCAAAAACGUGGACAGGAGAUGUGUUUAGUUCUUGUCCUUCUUCCAGCAAACCAUGCCGCGGCGUGUGACCGCCGUCGGUCCUGUUGUAUUGUUGCUGGGGUUGGGAGGGUUGUGGGGACUCAGUGCGGGGACGAGGCUGAGUUUGGACGGUAAAUGGAGGCUGACAAACAGCAACAGGUCCGUGUCGCUUCCUGCGCGCGUCCCCGGCUGCGUGCACUCAGCUCUGCAGCAGCAGCACCUGAUCCAGGACCCAUAUUUCAGGUUUAAUGAUGUGUUAUAUCGGUGGGUUGCGCUUGACAACUGGACAUACACGACCACGUUUACCGUGCCGGCCCAGCUGAAGGUCAGACAGAAGGUUCUUCUCGUCUUUGACGGCUUGGACACCAUUGCAUCCAUUUCACUAAAUGGAGUCACAGUCGGAAAGACGGACAACAUGUUUCGUAGAUAUGACUUCUCGGUCAGGGAGCUGCUGACGGAUGGCGAUAACGUGCUGGAAGUUAGUUUUCUGUCUCCAGUUCUUUACGCCUCCGAGCGCAGGAACGCACACUCGUUCUACAGAGUCCCUCCCGAGUGUCCUCCAGACGUCCAGAAGGGUGAAUGUCAUGUCAACUUCAUUAGAAAAGAGCAGAGCUCUUUCAGCUGGGACUGGGGGCCUUCCUUCCCCACCAUGGGCAUCUGGAAGGGAGUAAAACUGGAGGCGUUUGAUCAGCUGCAGCUUUUCCAGCUUUCUGCUCUUCCUCUGUAUAACGACAGCUGCUCCCAGUGGAGGCUGCAGGUGGAGCUUCUUGUUCAUGCGGUUCAGACAGCAGACGUCCACGUCAGCCUCUCUGUGCCCGAGCUGGAGUCGGAGCAAACCUCCCAGAUACAGUUUCUCCAGGGAAAGACCAGGAUGAAGUUCACACUGCACAUUAACACGGGCAGCCAGGUGAAGCUUUGGUGGCCCAGCGGAUACGGUGAUCAGGACUUUUACCAUCUCUCUGUCAAAGGCUUUGUGGAUGGGGUUUUGAACCUGAACAUGCAAUCAAAGGUGUUUUUUCGGACCGUGGAACUCGUCCAGGAGCCCGUUCUUGGAUCUCCUGGCUUGAGCUUCUAUUUUCGCAUCAAUGGGAUGCCAGUUUUCCUCAAAGGCUCCAACUGGAUCCCGGCUCACUCUUUCCAGGAUCAAGUCACCCCAGCUGUCUUGAGGAACCUGCUGCAGUCAGCGGCAGACGCUAACAUGAAUGCGCUGAGAGUCUGGGGCGGAGGAGUGUACGAGCAGGAUCUGUUCUACGACACCUGUGAUGAUCUGGGGAUCAUGGUUUGGCAGGACUUCAUGUUUGCUUGUGCCAUGUACCCCACGGAGGACGACUUCAUCCAGACCGUAAGAGAAGAGGUCGCCCAACAGGUCCAGCGGCUGAAGUCCCACCCCUCCAUUGUAAUCUGGAGUGGGAAUAAUGAAAAUGAAGCUGCUCUUGCAACCGACUGGUUCAACAUCUCCGCUUCCCAGAGGCCGACGUACGAAAGAGAUUAUGUGAAGCUGUACGUUAACAACAUCAGGACCAUCGUGCAGGAGGAGGACCCAAGUCGUCCGUUUCUCGUCUCCAGCCCAACAAACGGUGCAGAAUCGGAGCAGGAGGGAUGGGUAGCGAAAAAUCCCUACGACCCUCACUAUGGAGACGUCCAUUUCUACAGCUACACCCUGGACUGCUGGGACUGGAGGACGUUCCCGCGGACACGGUUCGCUUCUGAAUACGGCUUCCAGUCCUGGCCUUCCUUAUCCACUCUGCAGCCGGUUUCCGUUCAGGAGGACUGGAGCUACGACAGUCGGUUGGCGGCGCACCGUCAACACCAUGAGAGUGGAAACCAGCAGAUGUUGCUGCAGGCGGCUCUUCACUUCAAACUCCCAAACUCAACAGAUGCUCUGAGGAGGUUCACAGAUACGCUCUACAUCACUCAGGUCAUGCAGGCUCAGUGUGUGAAGACGCAGACGGAGUUUUACCGGCGGAGUCGGAGUGAGAUCAUUGCGGGCCAAGGCUUCACCAUGGGAGCUCUGUACUGGCAGCUCAACGACGUCUGGCAGGCGCCGUCCUGGUCAUCCAUAGAGUUUGGCGGGAAGUGGAAAAUGCUUCAUUAUUUUGCCCGGAGCUUCUUCGCUGCCGUCCUCCCUGUGGGGUUUGAAGAUGACGACACCCUCUUCAUCUACGCCGUCUCGGACCUGAGUCAGGACCUGAAGCUUAGAGCUGUGGUGACCGUCCACUCUUGGUCUGACCUGGACUCGGUCUGCACACUGACCUCUGACCUGCUCCUGGUGCCCGGGGGCAGCGCUGUGCCCAUUUUCAAGCACUCCAUCGCCGCCCUGCUGGCGGGGUGUGGAGGCUGCACGCGCCUCACCUGCCUGCUCACGUUCCACCUGCAGGACGGCAGCGGGGGCCGGCAGGGCUCCUCCGGCCACCACUUCCUCUGCUCACCCAAAGAUGCCCAGGGGCUGCAGAGACCCAACAUCACCGCGAAGGUGGGUGAGGAUGAGGGCGGCUUCACGGUGACCCUCCGCUCCGACGCCGUGGCUGCCUUCGUCUGGCUCGACGUGGGAGACGUUCCCGGACGGUUCAGCUCAAACGGCUUCAUGAUGGUUUCAAGGAACCAAACCGUGACUUUUGACCCGUGGCGCCCCACCAGCGUGGCAGAACUGUCCCGGUCCCUCACCGUCACCUCUUUGAGGGACGUAUACUGACCUGCAACCGCCUGAACUGCACUGGUUGGAUCUUUGA